GGCCAGUCGUGUCUUGGCAUUCGGGAUGUGAGUGUGUCGUACCCGGUGCCGGCUUACGUAGCACGUGUGACUUAAUUGACACCAACAUGUCAAUUAACGGUGGCAGAAAGUGGAAAUGUGACAAUUUUUAUUUCUGUGUUUCGGUGGCGGUGGUUUUUCUGACGUUCGGUCACGUCUCAAGUCAAGAUCUGAGUUGCUGUACACAUGCAACUGGAUCGUGUAGGAGCGUGUGCGAGAAGAUUUCUCUAGUCCAAUUAGCCGCAGAUAGAAAUUUAAGGAACCAAACCAUAGAAGAAGUCCAAAAAUAUUGCUCAUCUCAUCUGAACUCCUUCUGGGAAUGCCUGAAUGCAAUUUUCAGAGACAUGUCCAAGGGUGAAUCCUGGUCGGGAAGACUGUGUUGCACCUUACCGCACAGCGAGAGUUGCAGAACUGCAUGUAUUACAGCAACCUCACCUUCCGACUUGGUUCAUGGUUGUCGUCAAAGUGACGAAAUCCCUUUCUACAAUUGUUUGGAACGUCAGAAAAACGGAGAGGAGUGUUGCAGAAAUGCUAGGAGCAACGAGUGCCAGGAGACUUGUCUGGAGGUCUACAGGAGUCAUAUGACGCCCACCAAAGCCCAAAGAAACCAGAUCAAGGAGUACUGCGAGAAUUCUAGUCCCAAAGUUACCGAAUGCGUUAAAGAUCUCGUAAAAGUGACCGUUGUCACUAACACCAGCAAACAUAUGCACUGCUGUGAUAAAUCAAAUAAAAUACAGUGUAGGGAAGCUUGUAAAAUUAUUUUAUCAACAAAGAACGUCUUCCAAGAAAUCAUUGAUAGUUUGGAAGUAGGUGGUUGUGGCAUACCAUCAUUACAAGACUACUUUUGGCAAUGUUUCUUGCGACCAGAUAGUGAACCCAACUUAACAUCUAUUCAGGUGUCCAGAAUCGAGAGAGUUGGAAUGGAUAGCGCUAAAUGGCACUGUUGUCAAAGAGCCUCAUCGACCGCAUGCAACAGACUGUGUUCCAAAACCUUCACCAAAUAUCUAGCCACAUCGUGGGACGAAUUUAACAAUAAAUGCCUUAGCCAAAUCUCUGAGGAGAACUUGAGAAACUGUAUUGACGAAAUGGAAGAACCGUGCGAGUUAGGAUGUGACGGUCUGAGUUUCUGCACAAACUUCAAUAACAGACCCACUGAACUGUUCAGAAGUUGCAAGUCAGAAGCUGACGAAGCCGCUAGAAGUGAUGUAACGUUGUGGCAAAACGACAAUAAUUUAACGUUGCCUGGUUUGGUCCUCCCUUUGAAAACCAACUCGAAAUGUUCGCAAGAAAUGUGGAAAUCUGUAGCAUGCACUUUGCAAAUCAAACCUUGUUCAAGGAACACACACGGAAAUCAGAUUUGCAGAGAGGAUUGCAUGGAGAUUCUAUCUGAAUGUGUUGAUUGGAGCAGGUUGUACUCAAAUCCUCAUAGCAAAGUUACUCCUAGACACUCGGCAGAAAGUAUUUGUGAUACAUUAUCACCGGAAGAUCCGACCGCUUCCUGCAUCCGACUACAAGAUUACAGAAUACCUUCAGAAUAUAACCAGAGGAUUACAGGCCAAGUUACUAGUCCUUGCAAAGGCAAUCCUUGCGAAGAAAACGAAAUUUGUCUUAUAAAUAAGAAUUGCAUUCUUGGAACUAACUGUCAGCCAUUUACAUGUGUACCAGGUUGUAAACUGGGUGAAGUUUCUGACUACAUGGUACCAGAAGGUACAUACGUCCGCAUCCCCAUACCAAACAAACAUGGUUACUUGAAAAUCUGCAAGUGCCAAAAGAACAAGAUAGAAGACUGCCAACCUUUGCCCCGAGUUAAUUUUAUUCCGUGUCUUUUGGGUAGCCGCCAAGAGCUGCACAAUAGUUACUUCAACAUUGAUUGCAACUAUUGUAGCUGUUACGCCGGCGAGAUUGUUUGCAGUAAAAAGCAGUGCGAAAAUGGAGAAUUGAGUGGACGAAAUGCAGCCUACACCACGUUACCCUGCAACUGUCCGCCACAUUAUGUUCCUGUUUGUGGGAGGAAUGGAAUCACGUAUCCUUCAGCUUGUUUGGCGAAAUGUGCUGGACUUUCGGACUCGGACAUAGAAGAGCAUUAUCCAUGUCAAAAUCCUUGUAAGCCAAAUAUGUGCCCAGUGGGUCAAAAAUGUGUACCGCAUCCACAGAUUUGUUUAAGUCUCGUUCAUAAGCCUUGUACUCAACAUGAAUGCAUUAAUGGCACCGCUAAUUGCUCUCAUUUACCACGUGAUCCUGUCUGUGACAUCGACAACAACCAAUACGACAACUCUUGUCUUUUGGCCCACCACAAUGCCAAACUGGCCUACCGAGGUCCUUGUCUCAACAGGUGCAAGUACAAGGGUCAAGUCUGCGGAAUCAAUGGCAAAACUUACUUGUCGGAGUGUGCCGCACUUGCUGAUUACGUAUCCGUCGAUUAUGAAGGUCCUUGCAUAACACUCGGAUUCAUAACUGAAGACAAAUCAAUAGCAUGUGUUAACGUUAAGUGUGCCCCUUUGGUUGAUCAGAAUUGCUUUGGAAUCACGCCGCCUGGCGCCUGUUGUCCUAUUUGUGGGGGUGCUUUGAGGAUACUCUAUUCCAGGAAACAAAUAGACAGGGGCUUGUACGCACUACAAAGCCAGUAUUUUAAACCUUUGAACUUGCAGACGACUUUGAAAGCUUUAGAACGUCAAAUACAAUUAGCGCAGUGUGCUUUGCGAGGUUACGUAAGCAUAGAACAAGAUCUUUUCGUCGCCGUACAGUCAACUGAAAAGAAUCCUUCGGAUAUACAGUUAGAGACUUGUGUGAGGGAAGCUGAAAAGAUCGCGAAUCUAAUUAAUAAUCACAGUCCAAGGGUGGAAAGCGAACUGAGUCUUAGUUCGUUGAUAUCAGCGACAAUUAUUCAUACUGAUGUUAGUUCGGGGGUUGUUGGGAUUGUUCUCAGCAAUGCUUUGUUGGUUUUGACUAUUUUUGUUGAAAUUAGUGUUUUAUGAGUUUUGUACAAAGCAAAUCUGGUACUUGUAGAGUAGGUUUUUGUACAUAAACAUUUGUUAAGUUUAUUGAGAAUCAGUGCCAAAGUUGGGGAUGUAUUUCAUCUCUGGAUUAUUGUUAAUAAGAUGCCAAAUUUUUAUUCUUUAUGAGGCCAGUUGUUUUCUGUAAAUUUGAUUUUCUAAUAAGCUUCAUCUGUGAUAUAUAUAUAAGACAAUAAUCGUUAUAUACAAAACAUAUUUCUUUAGGAUAUAGUUUAUAAAAUAUAUUUUAUUGUAUGUAACAAGUUAAUUUAAUGCACUCAUGUAUUUAAGAAUUGUAAUUUAUAAUAAAUUUUAUGAUGAAAAGUGUGCCAAAGACCUUCAACAAUUUACGUACAAGAGUGUGUAUUUAGAAUUUUUCAAAUUUGCUUCUAAUUUUUAUUUUUUCUCAAACAGGCAUAAAUGGAACAUUUUUCUAGACUGUUAGAAUUUUUCUGUACAUAUAAUUUAGCACAGAACUAAUGAUUUCAAAAUUAAAUAAACUAUAAAUUGAUGCUUAUGGAAUUGUGAAAUCAAAUGAUGUACAUUUAUGUAAUUUAACUCCUAUUUUACCACGUUUUGAAAUAUAAUAUUUUGUACUAGUCUUAAUUAUUUAUUACAUUAAAAUAAUUAAUAAAUA